AUCAGAUAGGCCCUCCUACUAUACCAAAAAAAGCGAUUAAGCCCUCGUACCAUAAUAUCAGCCAAUUGAACACCUCAACUUUCUUUAAAUGCCCAAUUUCAAUUAUUAGCCGGUAAGAUACCGGUUACCUGAAAAAAUGCCCCCCUGGCUUCCUACGUGUCGCAAGCAAUCCUCUUUGGCUUCCUCUAAAUAUCCCCGUCACUAAUAAUCCAAGUAAGCUAUCCUCUCUCUCAGAUGCAGCUAAACUCCAGAGCAUUUAUACCCUAGGACGUCGAUUGUUCAUCUCCAGAGGGCUCGGAUGAGACGACAGUGAGCAAUCGAUAGAGAGCAAAGGAUUAAGUUCCGUACAUGUGAGGAUGUCUGCUACUUCGAUAUCAACACCCCAAAAAGGAAGUAGCUGCACUCUUCAUUAUGAGCCUCCAUUAUACUGUAGUUGUGGUCUAAAGGCGCCUCUAUGUGUUGCAAGAGAAAGCGGGAGGGCCUUUUAUGGUUGUCAAAAAUGGAAGGCAGACGGUGUUAGCGGGUGUGGUUUUUUUGAGUGGAAAGACAUUAUUGAAGAAGGGUUUGGGACUGACCACCAAAAGAGGAGUGAAAAAAUAGAGGAAAGAACUGAUAAAGUGCAGCAGGUGUUGGCUAGACAUGGUGAGCAGUUGAAACACAUGAUGAAAGUGAUGCACAGUGAAAUGGAAGCCAACAAGAGGUUCCGAAAACUGAAUGGAUGUGCUUGGAUGCUCUUGUUUUGUAUAGUAGCUAUGGUGUAUUUUCAACUAAGGAAGAGUGAUUUGUACUUUUAGGUUAUGUUUGAGUGAGGGAUGUGCUUGUAAUUUGUGUUGUUGGUAGGGAAACAUUUGCCAUUCAUACGCCGUUGUUGAUUGGUAUUUAUCAAUUGUUGUAAGGGAUAUGUGUUUUGUAAUUUACUAGUUGAAACACAUGUUUUGC